ACAGAAGUAGUUGUCUUGUGCUGGCAGAGUUAGGCGCCUCGAUCCCGUGCGCUGGGUAGGGCAGUGCUGUAACUCGCCUCUGAUUAAACACUUUCCCCUCGUUUUGCUCUGUUGUUCCCUUCCUUCCCAGGGACCGCACAGGGGGCUAUCGACCCGGCUCCUUCUCUCUGUGUGAGGACUCCGUUUUGCUUCUCGGACUUUAAUAGGGGAAGCCUGUCUGGAGCAAGGAGUGACCCGGAUCUUUGGAUGCUGAUGGAGGGAGACGUUAUGGACAAACUGGAUGAUAUGGCAUCUGUGAGUGAGUUUGACCCCAUCGCAGGCAAUAUUCCAGCCACCAAAGUCGAGAUUACUGUGUCUUGCAGGAAUCUGUUAGAUAAAGAUACAUUCUCCAAAUCAGAUCCACUCUGCGUCCUGUACAUUCAAGGAGUUGAAACCAAGCAGUGGAGAGAGUUUGGAAGAACAGAAGUGAUUGACAACACAUUGAACCCAGACUUCAUCCGGAAAUACAUCCUAGAUUACUUCUUUGAAGAGAAACAGAAUCUACGCUUUGACUUUUAUGACGUGGAUUCAAAAAGCCCAGAUCUGUCAAAACAUCUCUCCGAACUCAACGACUUUCUCGGGCAGACUUUCUGUACUUUGGGUGAGAUCGUGGGCUCACCAUCAAGCCGUCUGGAGAAGCCCUUGAGUGGGAUCCCAGGGAAGAAAUGCGGGACAGUCAUUUUAUCUGCGGAAGAGCUUGGAAACUGCAGAGACUAUGCAACUAUGCAGUUCUGUGCCAACAAGCUGGACAAGAAGGAUUUCUUUGGGAAGUCAGACCCGUUCAUGGUCUUUUACAGAAGCAAUGAAGACGGAACGUUUACAAUCUGUCACAAAACGGAAGUGGUGAAGAAUACCCUGAAUCCAGUGUGGCAAGCGUUUGCAAUCCCAGUCCGAGCCCUCUGCAAUGGGGACUAUGACAGGACAAUCAAGGUGGAGGUCUACGACUGGGACCGGGAUGGGAGCCAUGACUUUAUUGGAGAAUUUACAACCAGCUACAGAGAGCUAGCCAGAGGACAAAGCCAGUUCAAUGUGUAUGAGGUGAUAAAUCAAAAAAAGAAAAUUAAGAAAAAGAAAUACUCCAAUUCGGGAACAGUUACGUUGCUGUCCUUCACAGUGGAAUCAGAGUACACAUUCCUUGACUACAUCAAAGGGGGGACCCAGAUCAAUUUUACAGUGGCAAUCGAUUUCACCGCGUCCAAUGGGAACCCAUCCCAGUCCACCUCUCUGCACUACAUGAACCCAUACCAGAUGAACGCGUACGCCAUGGCGCUGAAGGCAGUGGGCGAGAUCAUCCAAGACUACGACAGUGACAAGAUGUUCCCCGCGCUGGGCUUCGGUGCCAAGCUGCCUCCUGAUGGAAGGGUCUCGCACGAAUUCCCUCUGAAUGGCAAUACAGAAAACCCAUACUGCAAUGGGAUAGAGGGAAUAUUAGAAGCCUACCACCAGAGCCUGAAGACUGUUCAACUCUAUGGGCCAACCAACUUUGCACCAGUUGUCAACCAUGUGGCAAGGUAUGCCGCUGCCGUUCAGGAUGGCUCGCAGUAUUUCAUCCUCCUAAUUAUCACAGAUGGGGUCAUAUCAGAUAUGGCUCAGACAAAAGAGGCCAUUGUGAGCGCCGCUAAACUUCCAAUGUCCAUCAUCAUUGUUGGAGUGGGACAGGCUGAAUUUGAUGCAAUGGUGGAAUUGGAUGGAGAUGAUAUCCGAAUCUCUUCCCGAGGGAAGUUGGCGGAGCGCGAUAUUGUCCAGUUCGUCCCGUUUCGAGAUUACAUGGACCGCACAGGGAACCACGUGCUCAGCAUGGCCCGGCUGGCCAAGGAUGUCCUGGCAGAGAUCCCAGAGCAGUUCAUCUCCUACAUGAAGACGAGGGGUAUCAAACCCAACCCGUCCCCGCCCCCCUACACGCCUCCCAGCCACACCCUCCACACACAGAUCUGACCGCUCGUGUUCUGUUCAUAGGUACUGGGGGGGAGAAACAGAAGAGUCGGUAUUUUGUUACUGUCACUCAACAAACUGAGAAAAUUCUUUAACUGAGACACACUGGCAAAGGCAAGUUGUAAGAGAAAGGACCGGGAACAAAAGGAAUGUCACACAGAAGAGUGUGGUUCUGAUUGUGUAGAUUCUUCUUCCCGUGUGUGAUUGUCUGCCUGUCCUGAAGACCUUGUAGUGUGACGAGAGCAGAGCAAUGAGUAGGAGAAAGCUGUCUGUCAGUCUGUGUGUAGAUACCUUUCUAAACGGUGUCCUUUGGGUUAUGAAGUUUACACACAGUGAUUUAUAGAGUUUUAACUAUUUAUAAUGGAAAAUAUCAGAGUCCUUGAGGGGACCAUUUCCUUUUAUUAAGUUUAUUUGAAGUCGAAGCAUCUACUAGCGGCUUUCCUUAUAACAGUGAUGGACAAAGCAUGGCAUUGAGCAGACUAAGUGGCUCUUCAGUGUAGUAUUAAAAUAAGGUGUUUUUUUCAUCCUAAUGCGAAUUGCCUUUUUAUUCCCCCUUGGCUGUAAUGAAUCCUGCGGAAAUGAGAAUGCGCGCUCCUCGAGAGGUCUUCACGCUUCACACUGGCCUGCUGUGAACUGUUUUGUUUUACCUGCUCAAAGCCACUCGAGGUUGAACAGAGGACUCUUGUUACAGCACAACAAAAGCACAAGAAAUCAUCUUAUUAUUACUUAACCAUCAUCUUCAUAGUGCACUGCACCUCCCUCUUUAGAAGACACCCCAUAUGAAAGGGUGUAACCCUAUACAGUGUCUAUACAACCCCUAGUAUUUAUACACUACUUCUCUUAUUAGGAGUGACGAUUGCAAUAGUUAAUAGGCCACAUCUCUUUUUUGUUCAAGAUUACAACAUUUUACGCCAGUGUGACACUCUCAGUUACUUGUGUAUGCAAAACAUCAUGGUAAAACUAACAAAUAUGUGCAGGAAGCCGGAACUCUGAAUCCCAAAACAUACCGAAUCUGUUUCUCUGAUUUGGCACCAAACCUAAAAUAUGAAGGUCUUCUGCUCCCAUAAUCUCUGGUUCAGCCCUGUUUGGUAAUAAAAGGCUCUUGCGUGGCUAUAAAAGCAUCAGCAAGAAUCAUUUGGCCUGACCUUGUUCUGCUAGAUAUCAACAGCACAGAGUAUUCAAUUCUAUGGCUCCUUUUCUCUCUCUCUCUCUCUCUCUCUCUCUCUCUCUCUCUCUCUCUCUCUCUCUCUCUCUGGUAGUUGCUUGCAAAAUGUUCCUCAUUGUGGAAAGAUAUCCAGUUGAGGAAGAAGAAAACGUCACUGCAGCAGCUUACCAAUCUGUAAAGAUCUCUGAGCUACUGUGUUUGCAUGUCUCUCCUCCGAAUAAAGCUUGACCCGGCUUUCUGAGAAAUGUCCUCCCAACAACUUAGGCUCAUGUUUUGAUUGGUAAAUGAACCCCUUAUGGGCAUAUCUUGGAACUGCUCACCCGUACCCCCCCUGUCAUCCCCCUGAUUGGACGGUCAGCAGGGGGCGGUGUCCAGUUAUCUCACUAUAGAAUGUACUCGUUUAUUAAUAAAUCAUUCAUCAUAUCUGUUCAACGCUCUUUAAAAUCAGCUCUGAAUUCCCUUCAGCGAUGGACUAGAUUUUCAGAACAGUAUGUAACUGAUAAUGAUGUAAUACAUAUUGAAAUACUACUGUUUCUACAGGGAAUUCACAUUUGCUGUUCAAUAAAAGCAAAAUAGGAGAGAAGGGUUGGCGGCACCAUGGAGUGGUGGUUUGCACUGCUGCCUCACAGCUCCAGGGUCCUAGGCUCAACUCCAGCCUAGGGGUCUGUCUGUGUGAAGUUUGCGUGUUCUUCCCAUGCCUGCGUGAGUUUUCUCUGGGUACUCCAGUUUCCUAAGACAUGCUGUUCAGGUUGAUUGGUCAUUCUAAAUUGC